AUGAAGAAGGUCUGGGUUGUGAAACAGCCUAGAGUAAAGGAACUUGAUCCUGUUGGGUUGAAGGAUAAGGGGAAGGGUGUGAUGGAAGAGCCACAAAGGGAAGUAACUCAGAAAAUGGUCGCUGGGGCGAAUAUGCUGGUUGAUAGUUCUAUUACUUCUCCUAAUCCAGUGCAGGAUAGGGGUGCAGGGCCCUCUGCAGUUGAUGAUGGGUUCCAAGUGGUUACGCACAGGAAGAAUAGAGUGAGAGCUCCUGUCUCGGGAUCUGUAUCUAGAAGUCCAUGGAGUUUGUCUGCUGGGUCGGGUAAAAGUCCACUUGAUGAUCAGGCAUUCCCUUCGCUAAGUUGA